AUGGACAGUGUAUCUUCUAGUGAUUUCAUCAAAAAAGAAACUCUCUAUAAAACAAACUCAGUAGAAGUGUUUAAAGCAGUUUUAAAAAAUACAGGCCAAGAAAUUGCUGUAAAGAAGCUAAAAUUUCUAUCACUUGAGGAAUUAAAUGCUACUUAUAAAGAAGCCUGAACAAUGGAAGUACUUAAGCAUCCCAAUUUUGUAAAAUUAUAUGGUAUCCUUAGAGAAGAGUCAGAGGAUCGUGAGAGAUUUAUCCUUUUAGCUAUGGAAUACUUUCCCCAAGGAGAUUUAGCGAAAGAAAUAAAAAGAAGGAUAGCUGCUGGUAAUGAAUAUUGGACUGAAGAAGAUCUAUGAAAUUUGUUUAAAUCGCUCAUCCAAGCUUAUUCGUAUUUACAAAAACAAAGAAUAGCUCAUAGAGAUAUAAAACCCCAAAAUAUUUUUGUAGGAAAUGAUGGAACUUUAAAAGUGGCUGACUUAGGAUGUGCUUUACAAAGAGAAGAACAGGAAAGGACAAUGGCAUCGGAGCAUACAAUUGCAGGGACUCCACUUUAUUUAAGCCCUAAAUUAAGAGAAUCAUAUAUGGGUUUUCAUUAUGGAAUGAAUGCUAAUAGUUCCAAACAUGAUCCCUUUAAAUCUGAUGUGUAUUCACUGGGAUUGACGUUUCUUUAUAUGGCAAGCUUGAUAGAUGUAACUGAUCUGACAGAUUUAAAAAUUCUUAAAUACAAAACAGCACAAAGAAUUAAUGAGCUAAGAUAUUCUCAAAGGCUAAAAGACUUUUUAAGCUAUAUGCUUGAAUAUGAUGAAGCAAAGCGGCCUAGUUUUAUAAAACUUGAAGAAGUUUUUUCAAGUUCUGUUGAAGGAAAUAUGCAAGUUCAGCCAAAAUAUAAGAUCAGAAAAAUAAAAGCUAAGCAGAUAACAGAUUGUCGUGUGCUUUUAAAUUUCUAUUCGAUUAAAGCAUUUUGUAAAGUUUCAUAUAUAAACACCUACUUAUUAAGCAUUUUACAGGCUAUCAAUAAUGCUGAACCCAGUUCUUUUGUAUGAUUUCUUAUGACAUGUGCGAAAUCUUUGAACUUUUACAUUAAAAUUGGAACUCUAUCCUAUAUCUGCUGUGCCUGUAAAUCUGGAAAUAUUGAUUAUCUUUUUAUAUGUAACUAUUGUGGAAUUCAAUAUUUUAUUCAUAAAGCUUGCAUAGAUUUACAAUUUACUUGCUUGCGUUGUGCCACUUCCAAUGUUUUCAAAAAUGAAGAGAUUAGUUGCCAGCAACAAGAUCAAGUAGCAGAAAUAAAAGAAAAUAGCGAAUUUGAAGCUAAAAAUGAUUUACCAUUUGGUUUUUGCUAUCAAUGCAAAAAACAAAAAACAGUAUUUAUUUAUUCUCCAUGUAACCACCAAUUUUGCCAAAAAUGCUUAGAAAAUCAUAAAAAAUUGCGCGAAAAUAUCUGCUUUGGUUGCCCAAUAUCUACAGGCGGGGCAUAUGAAAAAUUAAUUUGCUGUUUCCCAAGCUUAAGAUUUAUAACUUAA